AUGGGAGGUAAACCCCACAACAGCUCAGGGUUGCCUCCCUUCAUCUUGACAGGACUCCCAGGGUUGGAGACUACCCAGCACUGGCUAUUUUUGCUCCUUGGUGUCCUCUACAUUGUCUCCAUUGUGGGAAAUGCUCUCAUUCUUUUCAUUAUCAAGGAAGAACGGAGCUUACACCAACCUAUGUAUUACUUCCUGUCCCUGCUGUCAGUUAAUGACUUAGGUGUGUCUUUCUCCACACUGCCCACGGUACUGACCACGUUUUGCUUUCACUUAAAGAAGAUCAGUUUUGAUUCUUGCAUGGCCCAAAUGUUCUUUAUUCAUCUCUUUUCCUUCAUGGAGUCUGGGAUCCUGCUGGUCAUGAGCUUUGAUCGGUAUGUGGCUAUCUGUAACCCGCUGCGCUAUGCCACAGUGCUCACUGAUGCCUGUGUGGCGCUUAUGGGAAUGUCUGUUAUUCUCCGCAGUUUCUGCAUGGUUUUACCACUGCCUUUCCUUCUGAAAAGAUUACCCUUCUGCAAGGACAACAUACUCUCCCAUGCCUACUGCCUGCAUCCAGAUCUGAUCCGCCUGCCCUGUGGUGACGUCACAAUCAAUAAUAUCUUCGGUCUAUUCAUUGUCAUCUCUACCUUUGGCCUGGAUUCUACAUUCAUUCUCCUCUCCUAUGUGCUCAUACUCCGCUCUGUACUUGCCAUCGCCUCCCAGGAGGAACGUUUAAAGACACUCAACACGUGUGUUUCACACAUGUGUGCUGUGCUCAUCUUCUAUGUGCCCAUGGUUAGUGUAUCCAUGGCUGCUCGCUAUGGGAGGCAUGCGCCACAGUAUAUACACACGCUCAUGUCUUUUAUCUAUCUCUUUGUGCCUCCGAUGCUCAAUCCUGUCAUCUAUUCCAUUAAAACCAAAGAGAUUCGUCGGAGGCUUUGCAAAAUACUACUGGGAACCAAGUUUUGA